AGAAAUUAGUUGAUUUUUGUUCAUUCAGAGCUCAGCCAGCGUUUGUGUUGACUGCUCAGAGUCCACGAACAGAGGCGGUCUUUGUUAUUUUACACUGCUUUUAAUUUCUUUUAGCUUUCUUCAGUUGAACAAGAGGCUUCAUAAACCAUGUCCUACUACAACUUUCUGCUGGAACCAAUCAGCUGUCAUGCCUGGAACAAAGAAAGGACCCAAAUUGCAAUAUGCCCCAAUAACCACGAAGUCCACAUCUACAAGAAAGAGGGAGGAGACAAGUGGAGCAAGAUCCACGAACUGAAGGAGCACAACGGGCAGGUGACAGGCAUUGACUGGGCACCCGAGAGUAACCGCAUUGUGACCUGUGGCACAGACCGCAAUGCCUACGUCUGGACCCUGAAAGGCAAUGUGUGGAGACCCACCCUGGUCAUCCUGAGGAUCAACCGGGCUGCCCGAUGUGUCAAGUGGUCCCCCAAGGAAAACAAGUUUGCUGUGGGCAGCGGAUCCAGACUCAUUUCAAUCUGUUACUUCGAACAGGAAAAUGACUGGUGGGUUUGCAAACACAUCAAGAAGCCGAUUCGCUCCACUGUCCUGAGUUUGGACUGGCACCCUAACAACAUCCUGCUAGCUGCAGGGUCAUGUGAUUUCAAGUGCAGGAUUUUCUCAGCUUAUAUCAAAGAGGUGGAAGAGAAGCCGUCCCCGACUCCCUGGGGCUCCAAGAUGCCGUUUGGAGAGCUGAUGUUUGAGUCGAGUGGCACGGACGGCUGGGUCCACUCCAUCUGCUUCUCCGGCAGCGGGGGGCGCGUGGCCUGGGUCAGCCACGACAGCACUGUGGCUGUGGCCACUGGCAGCAAGAACACAGUAAUUUCUUCUCUGAGCUCCGAGACCCUCCCUCUUCUGGCCGUCACCUUCAUCACAGAGAACAGCUUGGUUGCAGCGGGCCAUGACUGCUACCCCAUGCUGUACGUUUACGAUGAGGGUAAAGGGACCAUUACUUUUGGAGGGAAGCUGGACAUCCCAAAGCAGAGCACCCAGCGGGGGAUGACUGCCCGAGAGCGCUUCCAAAACCUGGACAAGAAGGCUUCCUCCGAGACCGAAAAGGCCACCCUUGAUUCUGUCCACAAAAACAGCAUCAGCCAAAUCUCAAUACUGGAAGGGGACAAGUCUAAAUGCAACAAAUUCUGUACCACCGGAAUGGAUGGAGGAAUGACUAUUUGGGACGUCAAGACUCUCGAGUCAUCGAUGAAAGACCUGAAGAUCGUCUAAGGCACAGAAGCAAUCUUUUAAACUGCAAGGCUAAAAGCAAAAUCAAGUAUCAUGCCAAGUGCUCAUGCCGCAUUGCCAAUUACUUUGAGCUUUUUUAUAUAUAAAUUCAGCGCAGUGGUACUGUUCCCAUGUAUUGUUAAAAUUAUUUUUCCAUAUGCUGUUUUUUUUAUUAUUAUUAUUUUGUAAGGGCUAGUUCCUAGAUCGGACAAGUCUGUAUUACCCGAGGUGUAUUUUUAUACAAAUGGGAAGUGAUUUUGUUUUUUUUUUAAUUUUUUUCAGUUAAUCAAGUGAAACCUAUAUGCUGGUCAUAAGUUGCUUUUAAUAAAUGCACUAAAAAUA